CCUCAGAUCCUACCAGUAUUUCCUCAGAACCCGACAGUUCAACCCCCCUCGUCUUGAGGCGAUGACCCCCCCCCCCUUCGUCAACAACAGUCUUCGGGGCCCCUGCGUCGCAAUAGGGGAGGUAUCUUUCAUCCGAUGUCGGCUCAGAGGCCCUCUAGGCAGCAUAAGCCACAAGCCUUGACGUGAACUUACUCACUACACAUAUGUAGCGUGUGGAGUCCUUGGGUCUCAAAAGCGUACUCAAAGAGUAGCUUGCUCAACGCGUAACUUUAAAAUAAGAAUAGUACAGCCCACCCGCAAUCAAAAGAUUGACAUCAGUGUUGGAGAACAACCUUGGACGAAACCAUACAGGAUUGUAUGGCCAAGCAAAACGUUGGUAUACAAGCGUGCAAGAGUAAACAAUUAUGGGCUCAUUGAUACUGGAAAGAGCAUUUCGAAACUUACCAACAAAGACAACAAGGGAAAAAAAGUGAUGAAACGGCAAAAGAGAAGGAGAGCAGCAAAAGCCCAAUUCACUUGCGCAAUACAUUGCUGCGGCAAAGAACUCAGCCCGUUCGUCAUCACCGACUACUAUUUAUGGAAGGAGCUGGAUGGGCAGAGAGUAUCUUGGCCAGUUUACGCUGUGCAUCAUCAGGCGACAUGGAAGCAACCUUCACACCAAUUCUCAGGGGAGCUAUGGUCAAACUCAAGUUGUUAUGCCAAUACAAAAUAUUAUUUUGUCUCUCUUUGCCAUGACAGUGAAACUGCUCACCACCUACUGCAACAAUGUCAAACAGACAAAACUGCCGCUGAUUUCUGCAAGGGCGCGUUUGUGCUGGAAAUAUUGCAAUUAAAUUCUUAUUGCAAGGACAGAUACUGCCAAAAAUUUAUCGCGGAACUUACAGAAUGGUUAGCAAUAUUGUCACAAUUGUCCAUUCACUACAGAACUUGGCGACAUUUUUGAUCACAGAUCCGACACACUAGUGUCUAAUUUUGCUGAUAGAAAUGGCGUGCACACUCUUUGUGCCUGGAUAUGAACUGAGCUUGAUCCUGAUGGUUGAGAUUCCUUCCGAAAAUAAAUAGUUAUUUGUGAUAGUCCAUAUUUGAAAUUGUCAAUAAAUAAAAGUGAC